AGCUGUUUCGGUGCUUUGUGUGUUGAGAUCUUCCUCGCCGAAAAUGGUUAUGUAUGUGAUCAAGCGUAAUGGACAGAAGGCUGAUGUUCAGUUCGACAAGAUCACCAGAAGGAUUCGUCCGUUGACUAGAGGCCUCAACGAAGACUAUGUGGAUGUGACGCAGAUAACGCAGAAGGUUGCUGAAGGAAUUUACCCGGGUGUCACUACUACGGAGCUGGAUUCCUUAGCUGCUGAGACGUGCGCGUAUAUGUCGCAAGUGCAUCCAGAUUUCUCCACUCUGGCGGCUAGGAUUGCUGUCAGUAACUUGCACAAGAACACUCACGAGAAGUUCUCGGAUACGGUCACUGAGCUGUACCAAAUCACCGAUGGUCGUGGUCGGCAUGCCCCUCUGGUCAGUGAGGAGGUCUACAACAUAGUCAUGGCUAAUGCUGAAAAGCUUGAUAAGGCGAUCGACUAUGAGCGUGAUUUCGACUAUGAUUACUUUGGCUUCAAGACGUUGGAGAGAUCGUAUCUGUUGAAAAGGCCUUCGGAUAAGUCAUGCAUUGAGCGACCGCAGCACAUGAUCAUGAGGGUGGCAGUGGGUAUCCAUGGUGAUGAUGUGGACGCAGCUAUAGAGACAUAUGAUCUGAUGUCCACUAGAGUGUUCACUCAUGCUACUCCUACUCUGUUCAACUCGGGUACACCGCAUCCUCAGAUGUCGAGCUGCUUCUUGCUCUCUAUGAAGGGAGACUCUAUUGAGGGAAUCUAUGACACUUUGAAGCAGUGCGCGAUGAUCUCGAAGACCGCUGGUGGUAUUGGUGUUGCUAUUACUGGCAUUAGAGCUACUGAGAGUUACAUCAGAGGCACCAAUGGUUUCUCUAAUGGGAUAGUUCCGAUGCUAAGAGUGUUUAAUGAUACUGCGAGAUACGUGGAUCAAGGUGGUGGUAAGAGGAAGGGAUCUUUUGCGGUGUAUCUCGAGCCGUGGCAUGCCGAUGUGUUCGAGUUCCUUGACUUGAAGAAGAAUCAUGGAAAGGAAGAGCAGCGUGCUCGUGACCUCUUCUAUGCCUUAUGGAUUCCCGAUCUUUUCAUGAAGCGCGUUAUGUCCAACGGUGACUGGACGUUAUUUUGUCCCAACGAGGCGCCUGGCCUCCAGGACACAUACGGUGACGAGUUCGAGGCUCUUUAUGAAAAGUAUGAGAAGGAUGGUAUUGGCAGGAAGACAGUGAAAGCCCAGUCACUGUGGUUCAAAAUUCUGGAAUCACAGCAAGAGACCGGCAUUCCAUACAUGUUAUAUAAGGACUCGGCGAACCGUAAGAGUAACCAGAAGAACCUCGGAACGAUUCGAUGCUCUAACUUGUGCUGUGAAAUCAUCGAGUACACCAGCCCGGAUGAAGUAGCCGUAUGUAACCUCGCCUCUAUUGCACUCAAUAUGUUCGUCGAUAAAAAGACCCGUACUUAUGACUUUGACCGUCUUCAUCGAGUCACCAAGGUAGUGACUAGAAACCUGAACAAGGUUAUCGAUCGCAACUAUUACCCUGUUCCAGAGGCCAGAAGAAGCAACAUGCGUCAUAGACCUAUUGGAAUUGGCGUUCAGGGACUUGCGGAUGCAUUCCUCCUAAUGCGUUUCCCAUACGAGUCGCCUGAGGCCUUGAAGCUGAACAAUGAGAUCUUCGAGACCAUCUACCACGCCGCGUGUGAGGCGAGCAUGGAGUUGGCCAAGAAGGAUGGGCCUUAUGAGACGUUCGAGGGUAGUCCAGCUAGCGAGGGGAUCCUGCAGUUUGAUAUGUGGGAUGUGACCCCAGAUUCGGGCAGGUGGGAUUGGAAUUCAUUGAAGGAAGAGAUCAAGAAGAACGGUAUGCGUAACUCCCUUUUGAUCGCCCCAAUGCCUACCGCCAGCACUGCUCAAAUACUCGGAAACAAUGAGGCUUUCGAACCAUAUACGCAGAACAUAUAUGUUCGCCGCGUGCUUGCCGGCGAGUUCGUCCAAGUGAAUCGGCAUCUGGUCGAUGACCUUAUGGAGCUAGGGUUGUGGAACGACGAAAUAAAGGAUAAGAUAAUCAGGCAGAAAGGCUCAGUGCAGGGGGUCGAGGAGAUCCCUAAGGAAGUUCAGGAACUCUAUAAGACUGUCUGGGAAAUAAAACAGAAAAAAAUUCUGGACAUGGCCGCUGGGCGAGGACCGUAUAUUGACCAAUCCCAGUCACUGAAUAUACAUAUGACCAACUGUACUAACGCCAAGCUCUCCUCCAUGCACUUCUAUGGCUGGAAAUUGGGAUUGAAAACUGGACAAUAUUAUUUACGUACAAAAGCUGCUGCUGAUGCCAUUCAGUUUACCUUGGAUGCAAAGAAGAUUACAAUGGAGUCGCCUCUGAAGCCGAGGACGUCACCCUUGAAACCUCAAUACGUGCAGGAGGACGAGGAGACGUGCAUCGCAUGCAGUGGCUAGGCACGCUUGAGGCAUCGAUGGCAGAGAUCAUAAAUAGCGACGAUAUAUGAUCUAGAUUCAUUUCUUAAUCUGCUAUCUAUCACACUUCAACCAUAUGUAGUUUCAUUUGCUUGGCUCUCCUCAUUUUCAUUAGAAUAACUCUUCUAUCAUGCACGCCCAGAAUUACUAGGAAC